GUUAGGCAUCCGGUGUCGGCGGCAUUCGGCAAUGUGCAGUAUAAACAGCGGCAUCAACUACUUGUGAUUGUUUGACAUUUAAACCUGGAGUGCCUUCGCCAAUUUAUUCAAAAUGGUGAAAUUAACUCCAGAUCUCAUCAAUCAAUCGAUGCAGUAUAUAAAUCCCGUUCGGGAUCGUGAGCUGGAUCUAAGAGGUUAUAAAAUUCCAGUUAUUGAGAAUAUGGGCGCAACUCUGGAUCAGUUCGAUACUAUUGAUUUCUCUGACAACGAUAUCAGAAAGCUUGAUGGAUUUCCGUUGCUGAAAAGGUUGAAGUGCCUGUUAAUGAACAACAACAGAAUAGUGAGAUUAUCAGAUACACUAGUGGAACAAGUUCCAAAUUUGGAGUCCUUAAUACUGACUGGAAAUCAAAUGCAAGAACUAGGUGAUUUGGAUCCUCUUGUACAUUUGAAGAGCUUGACCACCUUAAGCCUUUUAUAUAAUCCAGUAACUUCGAGACCACACUACAGACUAUAUCUUAUUUACAAACUUCCCCAAUUGAAACUUCUCGAUUUUCAAAAAAUUAAACAAAAGGAAAGGGAAGAAGCCAAGGCCUUGUUCAAGAGUAAAGUUGGAAAAGAAAUCCAACGAGAAAUUGCCAAAAAGGCUAAGACAUUUGUCCCAGGUGCUGGCCUGCCUUCAGAUACUCCAACAGCCAAAGGGCCAUCUGCUGAAGACCUGUGGAAGAUGCGAGAGGCCAUUUCAAAGGCCAGUUCCUUGGAAGAAAUUGAACGCCUCAACCGGUUAUUACAAGCAGGACAAAUUCCUGGAAAGAAAGCAGCUGGAAAUGGAAAAGGUCUACCAAGAGGAGGAGAAGAAGAGGAGGAGGAGGCAAUGGAUACUAGUCAGGCAACAAAUGGAAACUAAUCACAGUUUAGGAAUCAAUCAUGCUAUAAAGUGCAAUCUAGACUUCAAGCAAUUUUCUUGCAAUGCAGUACUUGGCGUUUUUGUUACUAUUUGGUCACAAUUUGUGUAUUAUUUUUUUAGCUAUUCUUUUUUUGUUAUAAAAUUUUCUUAUACAUGACCAUUUAAGUGCUGCUAUAUUUUGCCUCCUCAGGUAAGUAUAAUAAUUAUUCUAUCAACUGCCUUGGGUGUAGGAUGAGGCAUUAACUAAAGGGAAUACUUUUAAUGUUUGACUUCCUCCAAGGCGAUGUGAUAUUAAAUUGAUGUUCUAAUAAACUGGUAUUUUGUCUGGAAAGAACAGAAUGACUACAAAUGUAUGAAUAUAGGAUUGGUCUCUAAAAUAAAUUUUGAGAUGAAUUGUUCA